AUGGAACACCUUAAUCAAGUUUUGGAAGUUGGCAAGCAUUGGGAAAUUAAUAGGUCAAGUCUAUCUGUUUUUGAGGUACACAAUGACAUUUCAAUGAUGGUGGAUUUGCAAAAGCGUUUCUGUUCAUGUUAUCAAUGGCAAAUCAAAGGGUUUUUAUGUGAGCUUGCAGUGGCUGCAAUUAUAAAGGAUGAUGGAAAUCCUUAUGACUAUGUUGAAGAUUUCUUCACCGAUGAAUACUACAAGUCUUCGUACUCUUUCCCAAUAUAUUCAAUUCUGAACAUUGAAAGACAUGAUAUUAAUGAACAUGAAGAAAUUGUUGUGGAACCACCAUUGACCAAAAAACAAUCUGGGAGGCCAAAGCUUAAGAUGAUGAAAUCAAUUGGCGAACAAUCAAGGUCGAUAACAUGUGGGAGGUGUCAUCGAAUCGGGCAGCAUAAUUCCCGCACAUGUCAAGCCCAAAUUUGA